UCCAAGGAUGGAGAUGCCGCAGCUAGAUCAUGGCAGCCAAAGCUUUGUCCAGGUGGGUCUUCACAGCCCCCACAGAUUCGAGCGGGUCUUCACAGCCUCGAAGGAUGGAGCUGCCCCCGCUUUGAGGAUAAGAAAAAUGAAACCACAAGUUUAAGAAGUGAUAAACAGAAAAAUCCACUUCUCCCAGAGGUGUUAGAGAUUUCUCAAAAUGAAGAUAAGACUCACUCCACAGAAGACCUAAGCAGUUCCACAACCCAGGAGGAGUUAAAAAAGGCUAGCAGUCUUCCAAGUUUGGCUUCUGACAACAAAGCAGAUAAAGACAAGCAACUCAAAGAUGGAUUUUUUCAGUUCCUCGGAAGUUUUUUCAAUAUUGGCUCAAAAUCUUCUUGGGGAGAAUCAAAACGGUCUACACCCCAAGAUGGAUGCUCCAAAUCUGAGAAAGAUUUAAAGAAGCCCACUGCUUUUCAGGAAGAUAGGCACACACAGACUCUGAAAACUGAAGCACCUGUCAGCUCUGCUGGAGUAAAAGAGGUAGCAGUAACUAAAGAGGAGAUUGGUUUGGCUAAUACCAAAGAAGAUGAAUUGCAGGAUUUACAAGUAGAGCAUGAACAGUCUUAUGAUGUACUAAGGCAAACUGAAUGUAAGCUGGAUCCACCUGCUGUUACAUAUGCAACAUAUCGGGGUUCUGCACGGAUUAGGCAGCUACUAAAGAACCAAGGAGAACAAAUAAGGGAGAAAAGUACUGAGAGCAAAAAUAAUUUCACUGUGAUUGAAAAUGGAGAAAUCCAGACUUCCAUCCCUCGAAACUCACCAUCCACCAUAAAAACAGAAACUUCAGACCAUGUAUUAAAAGAAAAUCAAACUGAUCACGCUAAAGACAGCAAAGAUGAUGGUAGAACAAACCCUUUUGUGGUUAAAAUAGAACAGAAGAAAACUGGUGCUGUUAAGGAUGUCUUAGACAGCAGUAUUCAUGGAAUAACUGCAGCCAAGCUUGCCUGUCCCACUGAAAUGGACACCAGCAGGGAAUCACAUUGGAGAAUUAGAUCUGUUAGUUUCUUUAAAUUCCGCACCGUUUCUGACACACUCAAUGCUCAUCAAACUCAUUUGUUAGCUGGAGUGCUGUCAUCCAGGAGUAACACUGAGCUCCCAGCCAACACUAAUUCCCAGGCUACAGACUCUAAUAAAAAGACUUCUGCAAACAAAUUGGUUGAAAAGGGAGAAAUAACAUUAGAAGAAAUAAAAACUCAGUUUCAAUCAGAAAAUGAAGCCAUAUUUAGCUUCAAAGGCAGAAAUUCUUGUGAUCAAAUUUCUAAUGAGGAAUCUAAGGAGAUAUUGCAAAAUGACUGUGAGCUUUCACCUAAACCAAAGAAAGAGCCAAUUGAUAAAGAAGAGGGUGAAUGUUCCUGUCAUAAUCAGAUUGAUAAUCAGUCAGAGCCAAAAUUGGAUGAGCAGGUGUCUCAUUCCAGUAGUACUAUCUUUCAAUACCAAGUAUUUAAGCAUGCAGAAAAUGCAAAUAAAGAUGGUGGUCAAAAGAUGUGUGCCAUACAAACUGAAGUGGAAGUUGAAGAAGGGCAGAAAACCUCGCAAUUUUUUCCUGCUAGUCUUGAUUUACCUUUAAACCAACAGAUGUCUACAGGAAAGUUAUUGGAGGCUUUGCAUGAUGUACAAUCAAACAGAGGUAAUCUGUCUGCUUCGGGGCCAUCUGAUGAAUGUGCUCAAGAUUCAGACUUGGACAGGAGGGACAGUAUCAGUGAGUUCAGUAAGUCCAAGAUUCCGGUGCUAGCACAAAAUGAUCUCUCAGUGACUUUUGAGGGUAGUCCCAGGGAUAUAACCACAGAGAACACUUCCAAGCCUUCUUUUGAAUCUCAGGGUUUUGAAACAACUAAAGUUCUGCCUGAAUUUGCAGAGGUAAAUAUUGCUCACACAUCUCCACCAGCCCUUGAAUGUGAAACUGUGAAAGCUGAUACGACACCUUUCUUAGAAUCUGAAGAUGCUAACUUUGGCAAGAACAACACACCUACCCCUUCAGUUCUUGAGGCAGAUGGCCAUUCAGUUAAUGAUUGUUCAUCAAACUAUGCAUAUGAAGUUGAAACCAUGACUAAAAUAAUCACUUCACAAGAUUUUACCUCAAACAUUUCCUCCCCUGAUCUUGAAUAUGAAAAGAACAAGCCCCUUAGAUGUGCAGAGAUGAGCCUCCCCCACCAUGUACCUCCUGGCAGAAUGGUUAAUUGUACUAUCCCUUCCCUUAAAAUGGAUGAAGUCACUCUUGGUAAAAUAGCAGUUUCAUCUGCAGAGUACAACAUGACCAAGAGCGUUCCUCAGACCCACGAAACUAGAGAGAAUAGAAUAGAUUAUCUUGUUUCUGCUGAUCCUAAAACUGCAAGUUCUUGUACAACCACGAGCUCUCCUGCUGCCUCUCAAGAAGACUGCUUCACUAGGUUUUUUCCUCAUGCUCCUAAAUCUGCAGAGAUCAGCUUUUUUCAGGUUUCUUAUCCUGCCCUGGAGCCUGGACAAAGUACCUUGACCAGCCAUUCUUCUCUCUCUGAAGACAGCAGUGUGAGGAUGCCUGCUACACGUGCAAAUAGUAAUAAAUCUAAGCUGACAGCGGCUAUAGGUAAUUGUACUGAUGCCAGUCAGGGCACAAUACCUUUUCCUGUCUCUAAAUCUGAACAUGUUGGAAUUGCCACAUUAUCUGUUCUAUCUGAAGGGGCUGCUGAUUCCACAUGUGCUUUUCCUGCUGCUAAGCCUGGAGGUAAUUCACCUGAGGUGGUGUCAUCUUUUUUAAAAAAUGCACCUCCAGUUAUUUCUGAUGCUUCUGAAAGUGCAAUGGUCAACAUAACUAAGAUUUCACUUUGCUCUGAAGAUAUCAAGGCUAAGUCUAUAUUUCCCUUCCUGGAACCUGAUGCCAUUACAGGUAAACUUGACCCUUCUGUUCCUAAAUCAAAAGAUUUUUGCAUUUCCAAGCCUGCUUUUCCUGUUCUGAGGUCUAAGGAAAUCUUCACGCUUCCUCCCACUACCUCUGAAACAACAGAUGUUUUGGACAAGAAUCAUUUCCCCAUCAUUAAGUCUGAAGGUAUCAGUGGCAAGAUUUCUUCUCGACAUGCAAAGUCUGAUGAAGCAGAUAAUGUACUUCAUGCACAGAGGUUCAAAGAUGCUUGGUCAGCCAAGCCCCUAACAUCAAGUAGCCCUCCUUUGGAAUCCGUGGAAGUGGUGUCCAAUGCAGAAUAUGAAAAGGAUGUGAACAGAACUCCUGUAGAGCAUGGGGAUCUUUACAAUCCUCCUCCUUCUGUAUCCAAGAACCUUACUAAAAUGAAUGAUGAACCCACUGUUUCAUGUACAGAAUCGAACACUCUGAGUUCUGGAGGAAUAUUAAAAGAUGCAGAAAUGUGGAAGCAGUUGGAUGCUGAAUCUCGGGAUGCUACCAUUUUGUUUAAAAAAGCUGAGGAAAUUGUUCAUGCCAUUUUGCACUUUGCCAUAGAAGAAAUAAGAUCAAAACAAGCAGCUGGUGUUCACCAGGAUUGUUUAACAAAGCUAGGCUUUCUAAAAGAACAGAUAACUGGAAAGAUACAAUUGGAAGGCCAGGAAGGCCAGUCAGCAAAGCAAUCAUUAAGACAUUUUAAUGAGAGCUGUACACAAAGAUCAUCUGAAGGGAAAGGCAAAGAAACAGUUGAUACAAGUACCCAAGAUGAAAAGAUGCUGUUUAACCUCACUGAUAAAAUUAACCUACAUAGUUCAAUAGUACUAAAAGCAAAAGAAAUAAUUGAUGAAGCUAUACACUCGGCCAAACAAAAACUGAUGUCAAAUCAGUGUGAGAGUGCUAAAAGUGGGAGCCUUCCUAAAAGUACUGUACUUCAACCUAAGACUGAAAUCGUACAAUCUCUAAAUACUGCUAAAGGUUUAGCAGAGAAAGCACAAGAAGUAAUUGAUGGUCCCUUGGGUUUAAAUCAAACAGGCAAGGGAGUGACCCAAAAUGUAACCAGGGACAGUGAAAAAGCAGGCUGCUAUUCAGUUCCUUCAUCUCUAAGCAAUAAAGAAAAUAGGAAUGAUGAGGCUAUAGAAAGGGAAAUGGUAUCAAAUCAUGUCAGUUUAUGUCAAAAGAUUGGUCUUCUGCCUUCCAAUGACUUACCAGGGCUUGAAUCUGACCUUGCAAUAAUUGAUAAAGCUCAAAACACUAAUACAUUAUGUGACAGUAAUCUUAUGACAGAGACGUAUAACAAAACUUGCAUUUGGACAAUUAAUGAUAUGUCAAAGGAGACUACACAUUCAUAUAAUAGAGAUCCUGUGAGGAUUGAAGAGAAAUUGCUACUAAUAAGUUCAAAAGGCUUAUGCAAUGAUACAAGUAUGUCCAGAUGUACCUCAAUACCAAACUUGAAUUUUAAUUCAUCACCCUUACUACAUAAUGGGGAGCACAGAGACAUACGCAGCAAAUCCAAAGAUGAAAGUGGUCAUUCAGUUCUGUCUGAAACUAGUGUAGGAAAAUGCCUGCCUGAACCCUGUGGCAAAGGGAAGGCAGUUUCUAUAUUUGCACAGGAAAAAAUAACCAGCAUGCAUUCAAAAGUUGACAGUACAGCAGGAAAAAUAGAAGAGGUAAUUGAGGUCCCACAAGAUAAAAAUAGAUUAAAUAUACAAUUCGGUGCAUCUGAAUCAUCUGUAAUUAAGGACAUCGAAGGGAAAACUUUUAUCAGCUCAGACUUUGCCCUUGCAGACGACAGUCUGAAAUUGGCCCUAAGGAUGGAUCAAGACAUUCAGAGAGAGUGUGCACUUCAAAAGAUCCUGAAUCAUGACAGUGACACUGAGGGAGCAACAGACUCCUUAGCCUUUACUGCACAAGAGGAACAGCAGGAAAGCAGUUCUUCCUUUACUAUAUGGACUGAAGGUGCUCUUCAGGAUGAAAACCAGCAUGGUUCCACAGAUGAAAAGCAAACUCACUUGCUCUCUCCUACUGAUCUACCCUUGGAUCAUAUUCAGCAUCAGCUAACAUGUGAAACAGCCAAGAACAACAGUGAGCCUGUCUAUGAAAAAGACAAUAAAUUAAACAAUUCAUUUGAUAACUGUACUUCAGAUACAUUUGUGGCGGUGGAGGCUAAGCGAUAUAGAGUUUACCCCUUCUCCUUGUCUCCCAUAUAUGAAGAUGAUAGCUCACAAGAAGACCUACUGUCCACCGAUGCUUCUCCUGGAGGACAUUCUACUGGUGCAUCACAAGACAGUGCAUGCCACUCAUCUGUAUUGUCUCUCCUCCAGUCAGUUUCUGAGCGCUUAAAAUAUAGCAAUCAGUUCAGUGAGGAGGAGGAAGAAGAGGAGGAGGAAGAAUCUUCUUAUGAAGAAAACAUAAUGGAUGUUCAGAAAGAAGAAUGUAUUUUCAGUCAACAAACAGGGAAUCUGAACACCUCAAAUGACACAGAAAGAUCUCCAAUUUCCAAACCGUUAUUUUGUCUUUCAAAACAGCUACUUGGCUCUGAGCAGCAGUCAGAGUCAUUUUCAGACCCUUCUCCCCCCAGUCCAGUGGGUUCUACACAGUUUCUACAGCAGGUUGAUGUUGAUAAUAAGCCUCACACUAGGAGUGUUUAUUAUCAAUAUUUCAAGACAGCCAGCAAUUAUCCAUCUAAUAAGGAAGUCAAAUUUGGAAGUAUCCUGCGGGAAACUUUGCUGCCUAAGGAUCAUUGGCGGCAAAAUAACAAUUCACCAAAGCUGGGAGCGUUUCCACAGAAUCUAAUUAACAGGAAGAACCUCAAAUGCAAUCCAAGAUCAGGAAAGAUGAUUAUUUAUGAUGUUCAUGGGGACAAAAGUAAACGAGAGAUUUAUCGAGAUGUACUAGAUGCCACAUCCUGGACUCUUUCAGUGGGAGCAUUGCUUAGAAUUAUUAGAGGAUGCUGGAUUUUAUAUGAGAAACCAAGAUUUCAAGGCCAGAAAUGCGUGCUGGAGGAAGGCGAACUGGUGUUGGAUCGCAUUUGGGAUCUUUGUGGCAUAAAACACCAUCCUAGAAACCUUGCACUUGGUUCUAUCAGACACGUAACAAAGGACUGCAGCAUUCCAGAGCUAGAGCUUUGCCCACAUGCUGGCGCAAAGGGGCUUCCUAUCUGCGUACAGAGUGCCAUUGCCAAUUUAGAAGAACUGGAUGCUGAGAGCACCUUUUAUAUAGCUGUCAAAUCAGGAGUGUGGCUUGCUUAUUCUGACUUUAAUUAUAAAGGAGAGGUGGUUAUUUUGGAAGAAGGCCAUUCAGUGCUUGAAAUUUCUUCAACAAAUGUAAAAUCCUUACGUCCCUUAAAAAUGGGUGGACUAAAGGUACAAUUCCCUAUGAAUGUUAAGAUAAUAAUAUAUGAAAGAAGCCACUUCAGAGGAUGGGCCAAAGAGCUUUCUGAAAACAUAGAUUGUGUCCCUGCUCUGUUUAGAAAUGAGGAGGAUUUCCAGGGAAUUAGAUCAAUACGUGUCAUUGGUGGAGUAUGGGUUGCCUAUGAAAAGGAACGCUAUAAAGGCCAUCAGUAUCUACUGGAGGAGGGAGAUUAUGAAGAUAGGCACUCCUGGGGGGGAAUUGGCACUGCCCUGCUGUCUUUUAGAUUCCUACAAGCUGAUUUCAUAGAGUCAUCAGUUACAAUUUUUGAGUCUGAUGAAGAAGAUGGAAAGGUAUUGAACAUUUUCAAUCAAGAAUUUCCUGAUUUGGAACAGGCUGGAUUUGGACCAGAGACCAGAUCAAUUCAUGUGAAAAGUGGAGUGUGGGUUGCAUACCAGCAGAAGUAUUUUUGUGGAGAGCAGUAUGUACUGGAAAAAGGAAAAUAUAAAUGCUUUUUUGACUGGGGAGGAUCCAGUAAAACCAUAUUGUCAAUACGUCCAAUUAAAUUGGAACCGUUUGGAAAGAAUGAGCCUCCACAUUUGCUCAAAGCUUUCAGUUGCACACAUUUCCAAGGAGCAUGUAUAGAUUUCACAGCAGAAGUUUCUGAUUUUACAUCAUUCAUGCCAUGUUCUUUUAAGGUUCUUCGGGGAUGCUGGCUCCUGCAUUACCAAGGGGAAACCACUGAUAAUUGCUGUGUGCUGGAAGAAGGCCUCUACACUGACCUCACUUCCUGUGGCUGCCCAACUGCUGCUACAAUCAAGUCCCUCAGGCCUGUUGAAUAUGUGUUUGCUGAACCUUCGGUCAGCCUGUUUGCCCUGGAAUGUUGUAAGGGCAGAGAAUUGCACUUUAAAGAUGCUGUCAGUUCUGUUUUGAAUGAGGACCUUCACUUUUACACCCGGUCUGUGUGGGUGAGAAGCGGAUUGUGGGUUGCUUAUGAAGGAGGCAAUUUCCUAGGAAAACAAAUUCUACUAGAACCCAGCAAGAUUUCAAAUUGGAGUGAGUUCAGUGGCUGGAAAGUAAUUGGCUCCCUUCGUCCUCUGAAGCAGCCAGCUGUCUACCUCCGAAUAAAGAAUCAAGCCCAAGAAAAAUAUUUAACCGUUGCUGGAAACCUAACAGAUGUAAGAGCUACAUCAGUGUGUGUCUCUCCCUACAAUGGCAAGCAUACACAGAUCUGGCACUACUGUCGAGGACUCCUCAAAGCCAAGGCGAUUGAUGCCUGCCUUGAUGUCAUCGGGGGCCGAGAUGUACCUGGAGCUAAAGUAGCGCUAUGGGCGGAACACAGAAAAGACAGGCAGAAAUGGAGACUCAAUAAGGAUGGAACCAUUAGUUCAUAUCUCAGUGACCAGCUAGUCCUUGAUAUCAAAGGAGGAAGUUAUUAUGACAGGAGCUAUAUCAUCGUAAAUCAUCCCCUGGAGGGUGAACGUUCACAAAAAUGGAACAUUGAAAUUUUGUGAGAAAACUGCUGCCCGCUCUGAAAAUCCUGGAGACAUGAACCUACACAGUGUAUGAAUGCUUUCAGAAGGAGCUACUGAAGUCGCAUGCCACUGGAAUGCUAAUCAAGACAUCUACUCUGUUCUUCCUCCACAAGGCACUGACUCCAGAAGGAACUGAAUUUUUGCACAACUGUAGAGGAGCUCAUAAUUUAUGUUUUUCCUUAUUCCCACAGACUUCCCGCUGAGGCCUUCUUCCUCUUGAAGUACCAUUUAAUCCUGUGUAUUUCAUUACUACACCUGUUCAGUUUAUCCUUACCAAUUCAGUGAAUGCAAAGAUAAGCUAGAAAUGUUGUAGUUCAACUGUACUAUCCCUUUGGGUCAUUGUCAUUCCUUUCUCUCCAGAAACUGGAGAAGCUCACUGAUUAAUGUACUAGUUUUUCAGCUCUGGUGAUUCAGACUCAGCUCUUAUUUUACAUCUCAAAAUUCAGCCCUUGCUUAUGUGCCAUUUAAAUAAGUGUACUGGGGAAGCCUAUGCCUGAAAUUCCAGGCCAGUCCUAUGGUGGGGCUCUGCUGACCGGGUUUAAUGAGGAAAGGCCAGAUCCUCACCUGCUUAAAGCUGCAAUUAGGACCCCUGAAUCUAGGACAGUUUAUGGUUAAACAUAGUUCUGAAGGCAGGGGCCUAUUUCUAUCCAUCUAACUCACACAGAUGGCAUAGAAAGGAGGCAUUAUUAUUUAGUUAGAACAAUGUCACAUAAUGCAGAUACUUUAGACCAGUGGUGCUCAAUCUCUUGUCCCCACAGGGCCAGGCUGUGAGGUGAAUCAGGCCCUGGGCCCAGUACCACCUAGUCCAGGAACCAGAAUUGGACCCCAGGGUGCUGGCAGUGGCCCCAUCCUACCCCCCCAUACCAAGACUGGAGUCUGGCACUGCCUCCCCUUUCCUUAGUCCCUGCCCAGCCCUGCAUCCUGGGUUUGGGUACCUCAUGCAGCAUGUGGGGCCUAGGGCUCCCCAUGGGUCUGGAAACUGAGUAGCAAAGGGAGGGUGCCAUCACUCCCUUGUCAAAUUUCUAGACCUGUGGGAAGCACUGCAGGCUGAAUGACAGCGCUGCAGGCCAGGUACCCCUACUGUUGAGCAGACCUGUUAGAUUAAAUCACUGAUAUUCUACUGUAUAUAAUUUUAAAUUAUUUGUUGGGCUUGAAACCAGAGCAAAGUCAAUAGUGGAUAUAUGUGUGUGUAUAUUAUCUAACUAAUGUGCAACUGUGCUAAUAUGCUGCUCCUCCAACUUUCCUUUGGCAAAAUGAGAGAGGGUAUAAUAUAAUGCAUGUUAACUACCUUGUGGGUCAUUAGCACAUUGCAGUUCUUUCCCCUCUGCUUCAGGCAAUUGUUCAUUCUUUGGGAAAAGAUCUUAAUGUGUUGGUGACUGCUAGAAUCACAACACUAUGCAACUCUCCUUAUGCUGAAAGAAGCAUGAUUAGGAACUUUGUUCCAUCUUAAAUGAAAUACAAAUACAUUCCACUGUUGUGGGUGGAAGGUGUUCAAAACUAAAUUGGCAGUGUUAGCCUAGGAUAAUAUUCAGAGUUCUGUGACCAUCUGGAAUGGAGAAAACUGCCCCCCACACACACCUCAAUUCUAGUUUGUAUGUCACUACUUGAAUUGGCUUUUACAUGCAGUUCAAAGUAUGAUGUGGUCUUCCUGUCCAAUGACUGUUCUAGCUCCUGCAUUUUAUAAGAGUAUAGAGGAGCUAAAACACAAAAGCCAAAAAAAGAUUAAUUUCCUACAACUAUCCUUAUUCGAGUCUUACAUUCAAACAUGACUCCUCCCUGGGUACCUUAAGUUUCAAUUUUGGCUAGAAAUGAGUGAAACAUGGAAGCCUAUUUUUGUAUGAAAUGAGAUGGAAUUCUACAAAGCAAUAUUUUAACUCACCUUAUUGCACUUACUGUUUUACAUUGACAAGUUAAUCAUGCAGCCACUCUCUUGCAUCGUUCUGAUUUUCUGAGUAAGUCUUUCAAUGUAUAUAUUUUUUCAACUAAAGUAUGUGUAUAAGUUUAGAUAUUUCUAUGUCAGUCUAGCAAUAUACCAAAUAAGUCCUAAAUGAUUUUUGCUUUCUGGAAGUAGCUUAAAAAGCCUACAUGCCCAAUCCCUAGUCCACACUAAACAAUGCAUAAUUGUAUUCAGUGUGCCAGUGUUACAAAAGAAAGAAAAGCAGGAUGUUUUACUUAAAGAUCUUGAAUGUAAAUUGCUAAAUAUAUAUUUUAUUGUAAAAAAACUUUGAGAAGAUCCUUUUGCUCUGUAGUUUUGUACUGACUGUCUAAAUGCAAUAAUUUUGUUCUUAAAACACUCAAGCAUAAAAAUCUUUGAAGAAUGACUUCCAAAGAGCAGAGACUGCCAGUUACCCAACUCACAAAUGUGAUCUGCCUAUUAUGUUUUUUCUAUGCCAGUAGAUUGCAGUCUUAAAAUAAAACAUAACCACAUCGUG